AGACUGCGGAGUAAUUUAAAAAUAAACAAGUGAAUAAGUAUAGCAAUUUGGAAAACAACGAAAUACUUUAAAAAAUUGAUGAAAUUGGAAAGAGAAUUUUCCUUAUAAAAGCUUUUGGAAAGUGGGAAAUUUUUUUAUUAUGUUAAAACGUUUGAUCACGCGCUUAUAUCCUAAAAAUAUACAGCAUUUCAAAAUGUCACAAAUUGGUGAGUUAGGCAGCGGUGCUGGCAAAGGAGGUGGUGGUGGCGGUUCCAUACGAGAGGCAGGCGGUUCCUUUGGUAAAAUGGAAGCAGCACGUGAAGAAGAAUUCUUCUACAAGCAACAAAAGGAGCAACUGAAGAACUUAAAGGAUAAGCCAGCAAAUACAGAGCAGUCAAAGAAGUAAAAAAUAUAUACUGCGAAAUUUAAUUUACGUUGUAAUAAAUAAAUUACUUUUGAUCGAAUAUAUUAUCACAU